ACGAGGCAUUCACUAGCAGAGUGAUUCACAUGCUGUGUACAGGUACAGGCUAUGCUAGUGAAGUCCAUACAAAACUACACAACACGCUCGAAAAUUGAUCAUAAAGAGACCGUCACUUACGCGGACAGGAGUUGAGACGAAGAGAAAUAAACACAGGGAGAAACUGUGAGUAACAGAGAGAGAAACAGAGGAAGAGUUCGCCUACACUCCUUGCUACAGCAUGGCUAAAUUCGCUGCGGGAUUUGCUAUUAUUGCUGCUGUUCUUCUCUUGACCCACUGCUAUCACGUGACUGGCACUGGUGAUAGCUGUAUGAUGAGGAGAAUGCUGAAGGCUGGUAUUGCACAGAACAAAGCACUGCAGUACGAGCAACGCGCUCUCCUCGCUACGAUGUCGGAGGAUGUGAUAAGUAGCACUGACGUCGGUGUUCUGAAGUUCGUCUUGCAGUCUACAAGAGCUGAUGCUCAGGCAAUUCAGAAAUGUAUACGUGAGUUAUGGUGUGCGACAUUGAACUCGGAUAUUCAACAGUCUGAAGUUUGCAAGACCUACUCACCCUGUCUCAAUGGUGGUCAGUGUCAGUUGUCGCUGUCCAAUACGUCAUACGAAUGCAAGUGUCAUCCUGACUUCACUGGGGACUACUGCCAGACACCGCAUCCUGCUCCGUUAGAUGAGUUCAGGAGUCUACAGAAUGAAGUUAAAGAGCUACGAAAACAACUGGCAGACACUCAAAGCAGAACUCAGUAUGACGGCACUGGUUGUAACCGGAGAAGCGUUGGGUACAAGUAUCAAAGUUUUGUACGCCGCAACAACAUUGAUGAAGGCCGUAUCGCAACACUGUCGUUCAGGAAGAAGCAUACCAACACUGUACUCAAGUUAUCCUAUUCUGGUAAUAUACGCACACGUGGAGCAAGCACAGCUGCGAGGUGGUACUUGAAGAUCGACAACAGGGAGUGUGUUAGACCUACCAAGAUUGAUAUAGCCAUGUUCCAGAGCAGUGGCGACAACAACCACAUCCCAGCCGUACUAACUGGUAUCUGUGAGUCUACGUACAGCAGUGGAGCUAACAUUGCAGCUGGAGAUCACAAUAUCACUGUACAUGUCGGAAGAGCUCCGGGCUAUGCCGCCAGCGAUUCCCGCUCAGGAUGGAAGUCAAUAUCUAUUCUGGAAGUUCAAGAAAUGUGUCCACAGUAUUAAGAUAUUGAUACCCGGUCAAUUCCGGAUCCCUCUUGUGUCCCACCUGAAAUUCCCUGACUAACGUUGCUCAAUGAUCAAAAUAUUAUUAUGCAAUCUUUCCUCUGCUGUCUUAAACCCUACUCUAUUUUUCUUUUUCUUUUACAAGUAAUAUUUUCCUUUUUCCAUAUAAUGUGUGCCUGUGGUCGAUCUCAUGCAACAAGGAAACACUGCCUUUUAAUUCUUCGACAUUAAAAUGAACCACUCCAAUACCGUAUGAAUCAUUCCAUACAUGAGCAGUUCCUGUGGAUUGUGAAUGUUUGAAGGCACUGACUCAUCCGCAGCUACAAGGGAAACUGUUGGUUCUGAUUCGAUCCAAACGAUUUCUUUUGGCACUCAACAAGAAUCACCACUAUAGGCUAUGGACUAGGCUUUCACUGUAGGUUCCGAAAAUGUUUAAUAAUACUGGUCACUCUAUGCUCUAGCAUU